UGAUGACGUACAUGCCACAAGACUUCCGCGGUACUCUUAUUAGGCAGCAGAGGGAGCGUUCUGAGAGGAAUAAGCAGGCUGAAGUUGAUGCUCUAAUCAACUCCGGUGGAAGUAUUCGUGAUCGAUAUUCUCUACUAUGGAAUCAACAAAUGGAACGGAGGCGGCAACUGGCUCAACUGGGUUCUGCUACAGGUGUCUAUAAGACACUGGUGAAGUAUUUAGUUGGAGUGCCACAAGUUCUGUUGGAUUUUGUUCGGAAAAUAAAUGAUGAUGAUGGGCCAAUGGAAGAGCAGCGACAACGUUAUGGUCCACCUUUGUACAGUCUCACGAAAAUGGUGCUCAACAUUCGACUUUUUCUUUCUCUACUAUGGCGACGUUUUGAAGCUAGAAAACUAUCAAAGGAUCAAAUGACGGUCUUGGAAGAAGCAGUAGAUGUAUACACAUCUGAGUUCCAAAGAUUCAUCAAAUUCAUUGGUGAUGUAUUUGCGAAUUCCCCUUUCUUUAUUACUGCGGAAGAAGCUGGUGCAUUAGAUGCCAGAAAAAGUGACGAAUACAAAGAAGUGAGUGUUCCAGCGGGAAAAACUCACGAGGUUUCAUUGACGGUGGACGCCAUAAAUUCAUACAUUGCUUGGGAUUUUGCUUUGGUUCAAGGCAGAGUGGAUAUGGACAUUGGCUUUAGCAUGGAGUUUACGGAUCUUUCCGGACAGAAGACGCAAAUCUUACCUUAUCGACGAUAUGAUGCUGACCAAGGAAACUUUUGUACGGUUCUGGCUGGACACUACAAACUCAUAUGGGAUAAUGCUUAUUCUACAUUUUUCAAGAAGGUCCUGCGGUAUAAGGUGGAUUGUAUACCUCCUGUUGUAGAGCCAGCGCUUUCAUCUGAUCAAGUAGAUGAGUGAAAGUAUUCGUUCAGAGUUUUUAUUGCUGCCCAAUUGCUCAUGAAGAUAUUAUGUCUCAUUUGUUUGUAUACAAAGGCAUUUCCUUGUUUGUACUGCUUGAAUUAUACCAGAUUAAUCCACCCUGUGCUGCUUAGUCCCGAUCUCAAGCUGUAACCACCUGUUGUAUUGAUUGAUGCCCAGAUCAAGAUAAAGUCUCAGCAUUCACGACUUUCAUUAUACUUCUAAUGUUGACAUAGUUGGAUAUUUA